UCUGCAUGCCAUCAGAGCGAGAGAAGAGGAGACGAUCUCUAGUCCAUCUGUAAAUCAUCGAGAACAAUAUUGGACAUCUUUAUAACCAAAUAUUGACCAAAAUAAUCAUCAACAUGCUUUCAAUGGUACAGAGAUCUGUGAGACACCUGUCUGUCAUAUCUGCCGCUCGAGGAUUCCAUAAGUCUGCGCUAGAGGUGGCAGAGCGGCCUUCCCCUGAUGAAACAGUGACCAGCAGCUUUGGCAGGUUCAUUCAGAGCGUACAGCCGAGGCAUCUGUCGCCAACCGUGCUGCAGCGCAGUAAGCGUAUGGUGCUGGACAGCAUUGGUGUCGGGCUUCUAGGGAGCACCACUGAAGUGUUUCAACUCACCCUGCAGCAUUGCCAGCACAUGUAUGCCUCCGAUGACAUCAGCUUCGUCUAUGGGCGCCAAGGUGUGAAGCUCUCUCCUACCCUUGCCACCUUUGUCAACGGAGUGGCAGCACACUCAAUGGACUUUGAUGACACUUGGCAUCCUGCGACCCACCCCUCUGGAGCAGUACUGCCUGCCCUUCUGGCUAUAAGCGACAUGCUGCCCAACAACAGCAAACCAAGCGGCCUUGACUUUCUAACUGCCUUCAACGUGGGAAUCGAAAUACAGGGAAGACUGAUGAGAUUCUCCAAUGAGGCUCACAACAUCCCUAAGAGAUUCCACCCGCCCAGUGUAGUGGGAACUCUGGGUAGUGCUGCCGCCUGCGCCCGCCUCCUCUGUCUGGAUCGCAAUCAAUGCAGUAAUGCGCUGGCCAUCGCUGCAUCACUAGCAGGGGCACCAAUGGCCAAUGCUGCAACCCAGUCCAAACCACUUCACAUCGGUAAUGCAUCCCGUCUUGGUCUUGAAGCAGCCCUGUUGGCGUCUCGUGGGCUUGAAGCAAGUCCCCUUGUACUGGAUGCAGUACCUGGGGUAGCUGGCUUCAGCGCAUUCUAUGAAGACUACGCCCCGCACCCCAUCAGUUCCCCGGAGGAGGAAGACCACAGUUUCCUCCUAGAGAGGCAAGACAUCGCUUUCAAGCGUUUUCCCGCCCACCUCGGAAUGCACUGGAUUGCAGAUGCGGCCGCCAUUGUGCACAAGACCCUGGUCGGCCUCAGAGGGGGCAGCAUUUCUCCAAACGUGGUGCAAGAUAUCCUGUUGAGGGUGCCGGUGUCCAAAUACAUCAACCGCCCUCUCCCAGAGUCAGAGCAUGAGGCGCGUCACUCCUUCCAGUUUAACGCCUGCACUGCUUUGUUGGAUGGCGAAGUGACGGUCCAGUCCUUCCACCCAGAGGUCCUCCAACGGCCUGAACUCCAUGCGCUCCUCUCCCGUGUCCGCUUGGAGCACCCCCACGACAACCCAGCCAAUUUCAACAUAAUGUACGGUGAGGUGGAGGUGACCUUAGUAAGUGGAGAUGUUCUGCGAGGGCGCUGCGACACUUUCUAUGGUCACUGGAGGAACCCGCUUUGCGAAGAAACCCUUCGGAAGAAGUUCCGUAACAAUGCAGGUGCAGUUUUGGCUCCCGAGAGAGUGGAGAAGCUGAUAGAAGCCGUCGAAGACCUGGAACAUUUAGAUGACUGCAAACCACUGCUAGCACAGCUGCAGUGAACCACGUGGUGCUUUUAGUAUGGCAUGAGAUGAAUCUUGAACGUUUUCUUUGUAACCUGUAUGGUUUAUAUUUCUCCAGAAAAUGAUGUAUAAACAUUUCCACUACUACAUUGUUUACCUUACCUGUUGUCUGUUUUCAUGCGUUUCAUAUUUAAGAGAUUUUUGUUCAAGCAAGUUUGUAAAUAUAAAUGUUUUUUAAAUCUCUUUUAUAUAUUUGAUUGUACUGUCUAUUUGGUGACUUCUGCUUUAAUUGUGAUAAGCAU